GGGUCGUGGGCAAACUCUUCCUCAAAUAAUCUCCUUUUUUCAGCCUCUCCCUUAUACCCUCUCUCCCGAUCCUUUCCGUCCCCACCGGCGCCCAUCCGCCGACGGCAAGAUUUACGGCAUCCGUUCGCUUCCUCCCGCAAGGUGGUUCCGGCGACGGGGUUUGCGUGCCGGCGGGCUCGCCCCUCUGGAGUUGAAGAGCCAACCUCGGUUCCCUUCCCUCCCCGCCGCCGUCGGGUGGUUCUCCUCCAGAGGUUAGGGUUCCGUCCGUACGCAUCCCCUCUUCAGGCCCAGCGUCGGAGGGCGUCGCAUUUUGCGGUCUCUUUAUCAUGCCUAAGGGGUCUAGGCACAAAUCUCACAGGCAGCACAAGCACAGCGCGAGGGAUUCGAGGGACGCGUUGGAGUCCGACGGGGAGGACGGGGUCGAAGAAGGAAACGUGGACUCUUCGUCGAAGAAGGCCAGAGAGGACGGCGUAAGGGGAAGUAGGGCCUCGAAGGGCUCGGAGUCGCCAGAGCCUGGGGGGAAGCGGAAGAUCGCGGGCCCCUCAGCGGCGGAUGUAUUUGCGCCAGGAAAUGAUGAGUUUUCCGGUGAAUACUUCCCCGCGAAGCGCCGGAAGGACAGGUCGGAGUCGGGUGUGUCGGACCGUUGGAAUGGAGAGAUAGAGGGCGUUGUGGAGGCUAGGGUUGAGUGCUUUAGCUCCGAUUUAGAUGCCCCAGGCAAAGAAGAGAAAGGGUUAAAAGCUAGGACAUCGGCUGAAGUAAAGAAUAAGGGUAGUCGCCGGUACGAGGGUUUGAGUAAAGAGGAAGCUACUCAGUUGGACGCUGAAGAAGGCAAGAAGAGCAGCAGCAAGAAUGAGUCUUCAUCCUCAUCGAAAAGGAAACUGGACAGGGAGUCGGGUAGGAAGGAAGUUCAUCAAUUGAAAGAGGGAAAGGAGAAGGAGGUGGACAGAAAAGAGAUGACUGUCGUCAGCGAGGCAGGCAAGAGCCAGAAGACCGAAGCUGGUAGUUCACAUGAAGAAAGGCCACGUAAGAGGGAAUCGGAAAAUGCAGAAUGGCAAAUAAAGGAUGAGUUACGGAACCCUGAGCUAGAGAAGGAGCUUGAGAAGCGCAUUAGAAGGAGAGAUGGAUCUGGGGACAAAGAUAAAUGGCAGGAGGAUGUUAGGGAUAGUGAUGACAGACGCUUGUCUUCUCGUGAGGAUCGUGUUAAAAAUGGAAGGUAUAAAGAUGAGAGAGAUGAAAGACAUAAAGAUAUACGAUAUAGGGACAAAUACCGAGAAGAUAUUGAUAGAGACCAUAGAUAUCGAGAUGAUAAACACCGAGAGGAGCGCUCUUCACGAGAUCACACUGUUGACAGAUCUGAUGAGAAACAUUUGAGAGAUGAAGGUAGAUCAUCAGGAAGCCGUCACAAGAAGAGCAAGCCUGAGAUUGAUCGAGACGGUAGUCCUAACUUGGACAGGAGCCUCCGGAUGAAAGAGAACCGGGGGAGAAGAUCUGAUGAUAAUGAAGACCACAGUGAUCACAAAAGUCGAGCUAUCAAAGAAGCAAAUGCUGAUUUGGGGUUCAAAGCCUUGAACAGUAGUCGAUCAGCAUCUGAGAAGCCAAGGCCUGAAGCACAUUAUAUGCGAUCAGACAUGGAGACGAGUCUAAGCAAAACCCAACUAAGGAGCUCUCCAAGCACUGGCAAGCGCAUGUCUAAAGAUCAACACAUGCAUGGAUCAAGGCAGGCAGAUUCGGCUUACCCUGAAUCCCCUUCCGAGGAUAGAUCUCGGCGACGUGCUGAUUCUCCGGGACCAAAAGAACAUGGUGGUGUUUCUUCUGUUGCUGAGAGGGUUUCUGAACCUCAAUCUAGAGACAGAGAAAAGUCAAAGCAUAUUAGCUAUGCAGAUGAAUCAGCUGUGGGAGAUAUUCCAGCACGCUCUGACAAUGAGGUGCCUCCUUUCCUUAGCCCUGUUGGAAGAUCUCCGAGGUCAGAUAGCCGAGCUUCAUCUGUUCGGCUGAGAAAUAAAUCCCCUUCACCAGCAACACAUGAACAUCGCCAUUCAAGCAGAAGCAGUAGCAGGCGCAGUCUCGAUCUGGAUGAAUCAAGGCAUGCACGCAGCAGUUCUAAGGAUGCACAUUGUCGAGAUCUUUUAUCAAAUGAAGACCGUGGUCUGGGGUCACCUUUGGAUAAACCAUCUGUGGAUAGUUUCCAACAUUUUGAUGCACUCAAUGAAGAGGACUCAAGGUCUCAGUCUGGUGAUCGCAAGUUCAAUGGUCGGUACAAAAGGAGCACUGAUCUUGGCCAGGGAAGAGGGCCGCAAGCCAAUGCUUGGAGAGGCAUCUCAAGCUGGACUGGACCUGUCGCAAAUAAUUUCAUUCCAUUUCAACCCCAAGUGGGGCCUUCCCCUGCUGGAUUCCACUCUAUGCUGCCACAGUUCCAGGCAUCACCAGUUUUUGGUGUCCGGCCAUCUGUGGAGUUGAAUCAGGCUGGCCUUUCGUAUCACAUGCAUGAUGGUGACAGAUUUCCUGGACAUGUACGUCCAUUUGGAUGGCGGAACCCAGGAGAAGAUGCAUGUCCACCACAUUCUCAGAAUCACUUACCUGGGUGGGAUGCUGCAAACACUUUUGGAGAGGAGUCCCAUCUCUAUGGAAGGCCGGAUUGGGAUCAAAAUCGUUAUAUGGUAGGAAGCAGGGGUUGGGAAAUGAAUGCUGAAAUGUUGAAGGGACAAAAUGGUGGUAUAAGUAUGGACGGUCCUGCUCAGAAGGAGCCAGAGUUCCAUGGACGAGUGCCAGCGGAGGAGCCCGCAUGGGCUGGACAAAAUGGUCAGCGACAACGGCAUGAGCGGCAACGACCUGAACGUGCUCCUGCUGAAAGCAUAGAAAUCAAGCGAUCAGAAGAUGCACCUGCAACUAAGGUUGAAUCGGAAGCUCCUGCACAAGCAGUCCCUGCAAAAGAACGAGAGCAUAAGAUACCAACCAUGAAUAUGUCUUAUUACCUUUCUAAGCUUGAUAUCUCCUGUGAUCUUGCUGGUCCUGACUUGUAUGAGAAGUGCAUAAAUGCCAUGAGCAGAAAAGGUGAUACGGCAGGUGGUCAGUCUACCAGUCAUCAAGGGCAGGUGUUGGAACCUCCCGUACAUCUGGAGAGUACUGGGACUGGUAAAAAACUUGACAAGUUUGGUCAAGCAUCUUCAUUCUUUCCUGCAACAACUAUUGCCCUUUUUGAGCGGGCCAUGAGUUUAUAUCAGAAGCAGAGGGAUGAAAGGCAAUUCAGCACAGUCUCAUUCUCAACCGAUGGAAUUGAAUCCAAGAAGGAUCAUCCGUCUUCUGAUUCUGAUAUGGUAGGACCUUUAGCUGCACCUGAGCCCAACACUCAGGUCCUGAGCUUCACUAGCAAAAAUAAUCAAGAAAGCAAGUCCCCUUCUUGUGAAGGAGAUGUUGCUUGUGCCAUUGCGAUGGGGCAAGAGGGUCCUUUUGAAUCUUCUGUUCCAAUCUGUUGUAUUGCUGAGCACAAGCUGGAUACCUUGCCUGAACCUACCGGUGAUCCACAUGUACCUGGUGCCAAUGAAAGCUCAUCUUUGUUGUGCACUGACCAAGUAGAGGCUGAUGAGUCAGUUUGUGAGGCUUUGAAGUCAGAUUUGAUUGGAUGUAGCGUAAAAUUGAGUCGGAUACAUAAUUCUCCUGAAAAUACACGUUAAAACAUUUUCUAAUGUGUUUGAAGUGCAAUUUUCACCAAAUAUAAUCCAUGCUUCAUUGUUCUUUUUGCCCCUCA